UCAGUUUAUAUCUUUUGCGAUGAUUCAGAAUUAUAAGCAUGAUUGUGACGUUUCACAGAUUGGACGCUGAUGAUUCGAGCACGUUACCAUUUAAUCCUAUUUGAUAGAUUAGAUCAUCGAUACUCGGCGUACUUAGAUGAACCUGUACGUAAGGCUUUUGACACUUACUGAUGUGAUUAUCUCGAUUGAAUCAUAACGUUAAUAUAGCGCUGUUUGCGUUUGUACGGCUCACGAGGCCCCCGAAAGACUUCCGACGGAACUUGUAUCUACUUCCGAUCUGGUUGCGAGCGCCGUAAAUGUGCGAUGACAGAUACGUUCUUUUUUUCAAGGAACACUUCAACGUGGGAUUGUAAAACCACGAAUCCGCGAAACUCGCAACGCCAACCGAUAGGUAUUGUUUGUUUUUACGCGAACACGUCAUAGAGAUAAAUUUGGACGUUAUGAUUGUGUAUUGCAGAGCUGCACUCUUCCUGAAAAAAUAUUCAAAUUUAGAAAGACUGUUAUGCAAUUCGAAUGCUACUCCAAUCUGCACGUACGCGCGAACACAAUACUUUGCGUACACGAAUCAAGAGAGAAGCUCGCGAGAACAGUUUGCAAGGACUAUUAAAAAUUGUACAAAAUUUUGGCAAAAUACAGAAUUAAUGAAGUACCCGGUUUGGGAAGUUUACAGAAGCUGGUGAGAAAGAAAAUCACGCUCUACGAAAGAGGAACGCAGAAAACGCAUUCUAAAUCCUGCGAUUUGCAAUAACGAAAAAAAAAAAAAAAUAGUUAUAACGAUUGUUACACUUGACGACGUGAAAUACCUAAUCAGUCGCAUCGGUUGCAGGGCUGUAAAUAACGUGGCGUUUAUUGCAACAGACAUCGCUCGUUUGCACAGUUAAUUGUAAGUAGUAAACAUUAACGCAGCAAUUACUAUCAGAAUGCAGCUUAUUCAGCGUCGGCUAUUAUCUGAUUCUUCCGGUGUCCGCGGGACAGUAUUUUUGAAAAAUCCGCUACGAAGAAGAAGGCUCGCCCGCGAUUACGUCGGGCUUUACCAGACCGACGAAAAACUCUGGACAAAAUAUAAGCUGCCACCCCACCGUUGUACGUGCGUACGUACGUACGAUUGUUUACACGAUGCCAUAUAUAAGCUGGAAGCACGAGAGUUUGACAAUCUCAGUUCACGAUCUCGCGGCAAACGCUAACAUCGUCUUAGCGAAAUCGCUCGCUUCGUCCGGGCCAGGUGGAAACGACCGAUAGAUUAGAUUAAGUUUGCGCCAGUGAUUGUGCCGAUUAGUUCAAUUCGAAUAUGUUCGUCGUCCGAUGUGGCCUGUUAAUCAGCGUCUUGACCGUUGUUUCCGGCGACCUGCCAAUGUGGCACCACCCCUGCGGAGAUGGUAGUGUGGAAAUAGAUGGAGCGUCGAUGGCGAACUUACGCGAAGAAGCUAGGAUCAGCCUGGAGAGGCUGAUGCUUCAGCAUCAAAUGACCAUGUACGAUUACUUGAACCGUGACUACGACUACUUAUACGAAAGUGUACGGAUCGGCGUUCACGAUCAUCAAUACAUCCCGAACUGGAUUCCUGGCAAAAAAGACGUGAGCAUGAUCAAGAGGCUGGCCGACAGGAAGCAACAAACGAUUAUCAACCACUUUCCAAAGAUGCACAGGGACCUGCAGAAAUUCGCAGUUGCUUUCGAGGAAUUGGUGGACGACGAGACGAAUUCUCAGGUUCACAACGCUCUGGAGGCAACUCAAAACUCGGUGAAGGCGAUGCUGUGCGAGGUGGAGAGCUACAUCGUCGCUUUUACGCCCCUUGAAGUUCCGCCGCGUGUGGAAAGAAGUAUCAUGACUAGCAUAGAAAGAGAGCCCGUGGACGACACCAGAAGACUCAUCCGUGACUGGGGCAUUCUUCACAAGUACAGAGAUUACCUGCACGCUUGGAGACACGUUUUCAAUUAUUAGAAAGCGUCGAGAAAAUUGUACAGAUUUGCAUACGAGAAACGACGAGCGUGCCAUCGAAACGAUAACGAACCGAUACCACCGAUAAAAGUGCUGCAAACUGAUAUGAUAUAAAUUCAGUUAGCGCCUAUCGACUGCUACGGAAAGCAACGACGUGUCACACUACGCAUGACUAGACAGCCGCUGAAAUCAUUCGCGACAAUCGUUCGAGAUAAUCGGAUCAUUGCAAAAUGAACUAGCUGGAUAAUCGCAUUAUUUAACUUAUUUAUUCAUAAACUUAUUUAUUGCAUUCGCCGAUCACUAGGUUUAGUAUUUAUUAUUUAUCCGUGAAUCGCGGUCGACAGAAUUAUUUAUUUAUGACGGUAUUUAUUUAUUGAAUAAUAACAAAUAAUUUAUUAGAAUCGAUAGCACCUUCUCACUUUGCCAUUUCGAAGGUGAUACGCGAUCGCAAUUUUGGUCUCGGUAUGUGAUAAUCGCUUAAGGAAACAAUUUCUGUACUCCUGACAAGUGAACACUAUUAGCAUUUAGGUACUUAUG